AUGUGUAUUUAUUUACCCGAUCUGUUUUUCACUGUCUUCUUGUUUUCCUUGCAAGAGUUUUAUUGUCAUUUCAAUAAUUUUAACUCUGAACUAUGCGAUUUUUCCCAGUUGCCUGAUAUCAUUACUCUGGUAAAUAUAUAUAUCUAUCUAUCUAUCCCUUUCUGUUUAUAUCUAUCUAUCUAUCUAUCUAUCUAUCUAUCUAUCUAUCUAUCUAUCUAUCUAUCUAUCCGUGUGUCUGUCUGUUGCUAUCUAUCUAUCUAUCUAUCUAUCUAUCUAUCUAUCUAUCUAUCUAUCUAUCUAUCUCUUUCUGUUCAUAUCUAUCUAUCUAUCUAUCUAUCUAUCUAUCUAUCUAUCUAUCUAUCUAUCUAUCUAUCUAUCCGUGUGUCUGUUGCUAUCUAUCUAUCUAUCAAUCUAUCCCUGUGUCAGUAUGUUGUUAUCUAUCUAUCUAUCUAUCUAUCUAUCUAUCUAUCUAUCUAUCUAUCUAUCUAUCUAUGUCUUUCUGUUCAUAUCUAUCUAUCUAUCUAUCUAUCUAUCUAUCUAUCUAUCUAUCCGUUUCUCUUUUUCUCUGUUAUCUUUUUUUGUUUUUCCCCUUUUCUUCCACUUUACACAACACUUUCUGUCUCUCUAUCACUUUCUGAAAUACAUUGA